GCCACACGCGAGGAGGGCAAUAAUAAAAAAAAUAAAUGUAGAAAUUACAGCAACAGAUGGAUGAUUUACGGAUGCGAGUGUGUGGGGAGUGGGCGUUUACACAUCCCAAUGGUCCCACAAUAAAAAAAGGACCAGAGCACUGACCACCCCAGUAACGCGCCCGACAACACGCAGACAAAAAAAACGCUUCGCAAACGACGCCUCGCCCGUGGGCUUCAGAUUGGAAAAGCAAAUAGCACGGCGAACGUAACCGGCAGCCGAUGCCCUCCCUACAUUACCAUACACACCAUCAGGAGGUUCAAGGGCAGCAAGGGAGUCCCACACACUUGGAACCAAGGUGAUAAACAUUAGGGGCGCGCGCGGUCGCAUCUGGCGCCGGGUGGGACACCCGUCACAGCACAGAGGAAAUCAGCGAGCGUUCGUCUCCGCGACAGGAGCUGAUAUCGGCAGGCGGCAGGCAGGCGGCGGCAGUAGACGCCGACAGACGCCGACAAUGAGCGUGUACACGGUGACUGGGGCGCUUCUUUUCCUGUGCACCCUCGGGUCCUCUCCGGCCGCGGUGGAUGCCGGCGUCUUCAACAACAUCUACCCGGAGGUGAUCAACAACACGCUGCACUACUACUUCGUGCCGGACGGCGUCUACGACGACGAGGACGGCCUCGACAAGUGCCUCGUCGAGUUCGACCUCAGCGGCCGCAGGCUGGACCUCGACGAUCGGCGGAAAAAUUCGUGGAGUGGCUCCGACUUGGACGGCUUCAGGCGUGAGACGAAGGACGACUCGCGCGUCCUUGAGAGCCUGCUCAAGGUCAUACAGCACGACACGGACGGCGCGGAGAGCUACGGCAGGUUCCUGCGCAGCGAGCUGAGCACACUGGGCCAGGCGUUCGGCGACGCGGCCACGUCCCUGCAGGAGCUCGAGUCCAAGCUGCAGGCCCAGAAGGAGGCACUGAGCCACGUGGUGGUGGUGGAGGAGCUCCUGCGCCUGGGCGCCGACUCGACGGAUCUGCUCGGCGAGGUGCUGGGCGCGUCGGCGAGCUCGCACGAAUCGAGCAGAUACGUAGAGUCCUUGGUGCAUCUCAACGACGCGCGGCUCACCACCAUCUUCCACAAGUACAUCGAGGCGUGGCAGGUCCACUACGCCGUCUGACGGGGCGGCCGCGACGCGCUUCGUGGCGACGGGUCGCGCCAGCGCGGUGUCCUUCUCCGAGAGGGAUGCGUUUGCCGAGUUUUAGGAUGGAUCUGGAGAGAGAGAGAGAAUUUUUUUUUUUACAAACGAAAAUCGGGCCUUGGGUGUGAACAUUUUUUUGGGAUGGUUCAGAUGUUUUUGUUGUUGUUGUUGUUGCGGAUUGAUCCGAAGGUGCGAAGAUGUCGCAGGGAGUGGCGGCGUCAAUUGCGCGCUUAGCCCCACGAAAGUAGUGCUUACAUUUAAAUUAUUUCUUCAUUGACGGGACUACGUUAAAAUUGCGCAUUCAAUUGUUAAUGUUCACAACGAUUAAAAUGGGUAAAAUUUAGUGGUAAUUAUGAAACUUUUAGAGCUAAUUACAGUGAUACUGAGUGGAAUCCGAAUAUGGGCCAAAGAAAUCUGAAAAUGUCUAAGAAAAAUUAAAUCUGAAACUCAUCUCGAGUGUCUAUCAUGAGCGAACCCUGGCAACGACUCCAAAAAAAAACGCCAACAGAUAACAUCUUACGGAAAAAUAUUCAACACGCAAAAAUGCCCUUCAGUAAUUUUCGAAAAAGACAACUCACGAUUGUGUGCGUCGACCGGCGAUACAAUUUGACGACCGUUACUGAAAUAACAACUCGUGCUCACCAGACCAACAUCGGUGACGAAGCCACUUUCAGGGCGACUUGUGACCAUGUGGCUGCAGUUAGUGAUUACAUAAUCAUUAUCAUAAAUAACACAGGGUAUUAAUGUGUAAAAAAAAACUAAAUGUGUUAUUUUUUGUUACUAGUUCACGUCUGCUAUAGAAUUGCAAACAUUUUGUCAUAAUUCACAUUGCACUUUUAAAAGUGUUUUUUUUGUAGGUAAAAUGUACCUUUUUGUUAAGCCAGCAGGCGUUUUGGAUAAAAUAUAAUGUGUGUGGAAAGUGGAUUUUCUUUGGGCGAGAUUUUUGGUCUAUUGCUCAUUUUUGUAUACAUUUUAUUUCUCGAGUUAUAAGCAGAUUGAUGGAUAUAGUACAGAAGAAACCCUCUUAUCCUCGACCCUAUUAGCUGCAACUCAUUAUCUGCGGUGGUUGCAGGCUCCGCAAAAAUCCUAUUAUCAAUGCCCCUAUUUCUUCCUCUUAUCCGUGGUUAUCCACAAUUUUGCCUGCCCUGCGAAGCAAAGUGACUUCCUAUUACUCGCGAUUUUUCACGGAUAAGAGUCGAGCAGCUAAUCAUUCCCGAUUAUCCGCAGGGGUUUUCCUAAAUUCGUUUUCUUUAAGAGGAGCAAAAUUUAGUAAUACGUUUUUACCCUUUUAUCUGGCACAAAAAAACAACAACCUAUUACUAUAUCUUGUUACUGGCAAAGGAGGUCUCAUAAUGUAGGAGCAAAAUUGCGGAUAAUCCCGUGAAUAAUACGAUUCGCCGAUAUUGGCCCUCCAUAUCACCGUGAAUCAGACGAGCUCUCCCGUAUGAUAAUCAUUCUCAAAAGUAGACGUGUGUGUGUGUGACUCCGAGUGCUGACCACCACACAUGUUGCCUCCAGCCCAUUGCCUUUGCCCGUGUAUGUGCAACGAUGUUUGUUAUAUUUGGCCGAAUUGUUACGACGCUGGUGACAUCAAUACUUAAACGGAGGCUCCAUGUUCCCCAGUGUAAAUAUAUUCUUAACGAGAAGCAGAGUUUUGGGCAGUCUGUGAAGCACACAGCACCAAACGCUACACUAAUUUACUUAAGCUCAUUUGAAGAAAAAAAAUGAGGAUUUGUUUUUUUUUAUAAGAAUGAAUCGUAUGUGCAGUUAAGUUUACUUGACUGAGAGCUAAGCUGUCCUGGCAUUAUUUACCCAACGCAAGCAGCUGUUUAAAAUUAUAUAUUUAAAUGUAUUUAAUGUUUGUUUAAAUGUUGAACGAUAGUUCCAAUUAUUGCGUAGUUCCAUUUGCAAUAGUUUUCACUUACAGGCUUUCGCUCAAAUUGACAGUUUUAAAUAAAAAAAAAAUUUGAAGGGGCCAGUUGCCAGUUGUAUAAGUUGUGUUUUUUUCAAGCACAGAGACAUUCAUUUUCUUUGGACACAAUUAUUAGCUAAGUCAGAGAGCGAGUCUUAGACUGCCGUCACAGAUGUCAUCACAAGUUGCUGUCUCAGCUGCGAUGCUCUGAGGGUUGCGAAACAAUUUAACUCAAUGCAGUGUCAUUUUUAAACUGCGGUAAAUUCUUGUACAUAGAGAGUUGCAAUAAAUGUAUUAUUUUAAGUGCUUCAAUAUAUUGGGGUAUUUCUAAAACAAAUAUUUAAUGAUUGUACACGAGUGCAAUUCGUAUUAAUUUCAAUGCAAAAUGUAAUCGCUCAAAAAUCUUGGCAAUACUGUUGCUGAAAUAACCUCUUCAUCAACAUGUUGUAUGUUUGCAAUAACACUCUGUAUUAUUAUAUGUACAUUUUAAUUUACGUUGCAAUGCUUUGUCAGUGUUAGUUUUUGAGACGUGUUUUGUUUAUAUUUUCCGUUGAAAUUGUUCAACUUCAUUAUAUACAGAAGGAAAUAAAACCCCCAAAACAGAUCUGAAUGAAAUCUACAAAUUGAUUUAAGUAUCGUUUAACAAUGAAGUGAGCACACCCUUAAAGAAUACAGGGCUGCAUUGGUGUAUUGGUUAGCAUGCUGGACGUUAUGCGACCCAUGCAGCCACUGGUGGUGAUACAUUCACCACAAUGGAAAUACAAAUAAAUAAUUGAAUCGGAUCUUGUCCACAAAUCAUGAUACUCGAUUACAUUCGUGGUGUUUUUCGGGGGAGCUGUCGUUAUACGUUUAAUAUUUUUUUUAUAUUUAGGAAUGUAGCUAUGGGGUCCCGUUUAGAAGAGUCACAUGGACCCAUGAAUGGCGGCAUGGCAAAUGGUUGACCUGUACAUAGGUUGAGGGGGUGGGUAGCUCCCCAUAUAGAUCUCAUUUUUACAUUCAUGUUUACAUUCAUAAUCUACAAAACGCAUUCUUCACAAUACACAUUCUGUUCUGCAAUGUACGAAAACACUCCUUGAAGUCAAAAUACAUUUGAAACGUUUUCAUGAUUCGUUCCUAGUUAUUCCUAUACUGGACCGGAACUAAUAUGACCUUUUUGACUCGUAUAUUAUUUGUUUGUAUUUCUAUUUUAAGGUAGGACAUUGCAUUAAUGUUGACUGCAUUUCGAAAUGUUGAUUUUUGUUGUCAAUUUCGGCAAUAUUAAAAGCUACAUUUACUUAAGCUUUGUCAAAUCCAGUGCUGGAUGAUGGUCUCUUUGUGCCACGAUGGGAUACAGAAAUCGUUUCACCAUACUUCACCACGCUGUUGUUUACCCGUUUGAAAGUCAUUUUGUAGUGGUUUGAGUUGGGGGGGGGUCACAGCGGUUUAGAUAUCAUUCCCUACUGAUUUUAUAAAACCUAUACAUAUAAUGAAUGGGUAACAUUCAAAACGAUGUUAAGCUGCAUGUGUGUGUGUGUCACUGGUACGGAUUCAAUUACUUGACAUUUGCAAGCUUCAAAUCAAGAUUUGCAUUGCAUUUAUUAUUAUUUUUUACAAGAGCCGUGCUUCCAUCAUCCAUGGUCCGUUGCAGAUGUAAACACAUGGCAUGUGUUGUUAUUGUAGAUGCUAUAUGAGAUUGCCAAUCCGAUGUAUGCAGUGAAUGCUCUGAAUGUCAAGAUUGUAAUAUUCCAACCCGAAAAAACGACAUGAUGGUAUCAUCCCACAUUGCAUGAUGGUAUCAUCACACAACGUAGUGUGGGUUUUGGGUCCCGUGUUACCCUGUAUUGCUUAAAAACGUCCAAUUAAAUCUUGCUCGAGUAGAUUUUAAAGGUUGACAAGGACGAACUUCACACAUGGUAGAGUCACGCUGACGUCUGUGAGUUUGGCUGGUUCAGGUUCGCUCUGUUGUCAGUUGAAGGCCAUGGAUUACCGAUGGGGAAGGCUAUGAUUUUGUCACGGUCAUUUUUUGUAAAAUAAAUAAUUUCACAGCAAGGUCAUGGGAUAUGGUGGCACAGUGUCCCACCUAUAACUCUGUUUGAACUUUUUCUUCUUCAUAAACAUAGUUAUGUCUUGAGGACAUUGCAUUAAUGUCAACUACAUUUAGCGAUGUUGAAUUUCGUUGUCAAGCCAAUGAACUGAAGAUACAGUAUAUAAAAAAAAUACCUUUACAAACAAUAGCUUUUGCACGAAAUAAUGUGUGAUGGAGUACAACGAAAAGUUUACGUACAAUUGUUUUGCAACAAACCAAUGCGUGGGAGGUAUAACAAUUCACCCACCCAAAAGUGGAAUGAAUCGCAGCGAUAUAACCAUUACAUCGAUGAAAAUAAAUGCUUACUUUUACCAUACAUGCAAUUAAUUAUCGAUUUAUGAAGGGAUCAUGUACAAUAUAAUGUGUUAUAAGUAAUCUGUUUCAUGCACGUAUUAUAACUGUAUAAACUUUUUUUUUAAUUCAUAAAUUGUAAAAAAAUAUCAUUCGCACCAAUGGAUGAAGGCCCCCCCGCCCCCCGCCGCAUUGGCGUGUUCAUAAAUGUUUUUUUUUUAUCCAUAUAUCACCCACGCUGGUCAGUGUAGAUUGGUGAAGGGGUGGUUAAGCGCCGAUUCAGAUAUCAAUCGCUGCUGGUGUUAGCCGUGGCCGUCGGGUUGCUGGCUUCACAGCGAGACGCGCUGACCACGGGACGGAUUCUUCUUGCAUCGAUUAAAAAACAAACGCACGUGGAUAUCUUGGUGGCCUGUGGCCAUACCUGCUUGUUCAAGUAUAACAACCAAUAGGGCUUCAUAUUGUUUCACCUACAGAGAGUCGUUUGGGAAGAAAAAAAUAUUACACAGUGUGUGUUGUAUUUUGUGAACAGUUGAUCUGUUGAAUAUUCAUACGACCGAUUGAAGCUGGUCUCUAAGUACGACGUCUUAAAUGAAAACUUUCGUUUGUUUCAUGCAUUGAGCUUCUUAUACGCCGAUUAAUAUGAAUAAACAAAUGUAUAGAA